ACACCAUAAUAGAUAUUAUACAAUUUUACAUUUUAAAAUGAAUAGCUACGUUAUAAAUUCUUUCGUCGGCGAGGGCUCAUUUGGACGUGUUUUUAAAGCAAAACACAAAGAUACCGAUGCUGUAGUAGCCUUAAAAGUGAUAAGGAAGAAAGGUCGUUCGUCUAAAGACUUAAAAUGUUUGAAGCAAGAAUGCGACAUACAGAGGCAAUUGAAUCAUCCAAACAUAAUCCGAAUGAUAGACAGUUUCGACACUGAUACAGAAUUGGUAGUUGUCACAGAAUAUGCUGAGAAAGAACUACAUGGAAUAUUGGCUAAAGAGGGUUGUCUUAAUGAAGAACAAGUGAAGAAGAUAACUUGGGACCUUGUGUCUGCACUGUACUACUUACAUUCUCAUAGAGUUUUACAUAGAGACCUCAAGCCACAAAAUGUGCUAUUGGAUAGUACAGGACGUGCCAAACUCUGUGACUUUGGUCUUGCAAGAAUAAUGACAAAUGCAACACACAUUUUAACAUCCAUCAAAGGCACACCAUUGUACAUGGCCCCCGAGUUAAUUGAUGAGAAGCCAUAUGAUCAUCAGGCAGACUUAUGGUCACUUGGCUGUAUUGUAUAUGAGCUAAUUGCUGGGCAACCACCUUUCUGUACAAUGUCUAUAUGGCAACUUGUCCGCAUGAUUAGACACAAACCUGUACAGUGGCCUAGUUUCAUCAGCACUAAUGCUCGGACCUUCCUACAGGGCUUAUUGCAUAAAGAUCCUUUGAAAAGAAUGAGCUGGCCAGAAAUAUUGGAACAUCCAUUUGUAGCUGGUCACAUUCUUAUUCUACCAGAAGACGUCCAGAGUGAAUCACCAUUUACCAAGCCUUUAACACACAGUCAGCAAGAAGCCAAGCAAUUGCAGCGGGAAAAAAUAUGCAUUGGGAAUGCAAGAACAAAAAAAAUGGAAGGUGAUCCACUAAGACUUGUAACCAAAGAGCAUGAUUUAAGGAAUGUAAAAGUCAUGCAAGCUUUGGAAUGUUUGCCUAUGUCUGAUGACGACAGUGUCAGGGCCACUAGCGCAUUCAGUGUUCGAGACAGCCUCAAAACUGAUGAUGAAGAGCAAGCAUAUCCCAUUUCAGUAGCCAAUGCAAAGCUUUUACGACAUGAAUAUAAUGUAAUGAACAACAGUAAUCUCCUUGUUUGUAAUCUAGAAAACAAUAUGGCACAGCUAAUGGCUUGUAAUAAAAAACAGAUAGAAUUAAAUACAAAGAAAAUGGAGAAAAUAGAUGAAGAAAAACAUAUAACAGAAAAAUCAGAAGAAUCUAAAGCGGAUGCAGUCAAAUGUGUUGAGGAUGAACAGGUUGCUGAAUUUAAACAGAAAUCUAAAACAACAGAUACUGCCUCACACAGUUUAGAGAAUCCUAAAAGUUCAACAAAAUGCAGCAGUGAUAUUAGUUGCAAGUCUGGAUUAAGCAAAAGUGUACCACCUUCAUAUAAGCAGAAAAUAUUACAGUUCUCUAGGGAUAAACUAAGGUUUGGUAGUGGCGGGAAUAAACUGACAAGAAGCAUUAAAAGAUCGUUUAGUAUUCGAAGUUGGGAUAAAAAAAGUGAUAGUCAGAGAAGAAUCAGUGAACCAACUGUGGAAAUACCAAGUAUUAUUAGUGCUGAAGAAGAAAAACAUUCAAAGGAAGAAAAGGAUGAGGAUGUUGAGAAGUGUGAGGUAAUUGAAGAUAUACCGAAUGAUCGAGAUGUUGCAGAUAAUGAUAGAAUUCUUAAAGUCGAAGAGAAUAACAAACCAGUUGAGCAGGAACCAUCAAGCAUUGAACUAGAAGAAUGGGAGGCUUUCUUGAAUUCAAAUAUCAGUGAAGUUAUGGACGGCGAUGUCGAAUCUUUGACUCAGUUGAAUAUGGUGAGUAUGGUGGUCGGUGUGGUGGGCAAUGCAGCGCGCGGUGCGGGGGGCGGCCGGGUCUGCGGGGCUGUGGCUGCGCUACUGGCGUUGCCCGCUCUGGUGCACACCCUGCCGAGACACACGCUACUCAAUAUACAAGAUGUAUAUUUGGAGGCGAAAGUGCCUUAUAAUUUCGUAGCAGCUAUAAACACAUUAAUGGAAAACAGUGAGGACAAUGACGAUGGAGCAGAGGAUAGAUUACAAGGUGUUAGCCGUAUGGUUGAAGUGUGUGCGUGGCUGUGCGUUCGUUCCUGCAGAGGAGUGAGACAGUUUGCCACUGCCCUAAGUGCCUACAACGCGUAUCCGGUGUUCACUAAACUGCUUAAGCUUGACACGAGAAAUCCCAGGAUAGUCCUGAACAUAGUCGGUCUCCUGAUCACCAUACUGCAGGACCUACCGGAACUAGCUGACGUUGUCGAAAGGAUACUAUUCGAGGACAAGAGUUUUAAUUUCAUAAAUCUACUCGAACAGCCAAACGACGCAUUGAGAAUGAGAGUUUGUAUACUGAUAAGUCUACUUUGCACCUUCUCGUGUACCGCUUUUUCUGCAGCAAUGGAAUCGAAAUGGAGUAAGAAGGAGAGCGAUAGUUUGGAAGCGCUCCACGGUCAUUGUAACGUUACUCUGAACAGAGCCGCAAGACUGGCCACUAAGGAGCUGAGUAAUAUGCCUUUUUAUUCUAAUUAAUCGAGGAAAGAUUGAAAUUUUAUUGGAAAAUUUCAUGGUAAAUUGCGUAAAAUGAAUCGUACUUUGAGCAAAAUGUUAUAUUAUUAUGCCGUUGGAUGGAACGAUGUAGAAAUAAUUUGAGAUAAUCGACUUAUCUUUGUUUCCUACAUAGACGAGAGAUCCUAUCUAGUGUUUAGCUGAUACUAGUGGCUAUAUUAUUGUUGGAUUGUUUACUCUUUGGAGGGCGAAUAGACUAGAGAUCGUUUGGAACCUCUGGGUCUGCGGAGGGACUUCGGUUCCCUCUGUAUUUUGUAUAGUAUGUUGCAUGGGGAGUGCUCUUGAAUUGUUCGAGAUGAUACCGG